AUUAACUAAUUUCACUAUGAGCUAGCUUUUAGAUUUUAAAAUAAGGACAUAAAUGUGGAUCAAAACUAUUCAUAAUUGUGUGUGGCGGCCAUGCCCUAUCGAUAGUUACGCAUGCUGCAAAGAGAAAAACCUAUCGAGCAUUUGCAAAUAAUCGAUACAUCUUUGCAAUAUCAACAACCCUAUCUAGUUGCAUUAUUCUUGGAGCAGAAAGCAGAAAAUUUUGUGAAAACACACCACGCAGCGAAAAAUGUAAAGUGCGCAAAUGGUAAAAAAUAACAAAAAACAAAGUAUGAGCUUGCAAAUUGUGUUCAGAUAGAUAAAAAACAGUGCAUGUGCGCGUUUAUAGUAGAAAAACUACAUGCAAGUAACCAGCAGCCACAGCAUUCUGUGGCAGCGACGAGUCGUCCAGUAGCAGCGAGUAAAUUGUGGAGUCUCUCUGGCCACAUUGAUGCAGCAGCGCCCGCAAAUGUAUGCGACAAACUAGUAGUGGGCAGCAGUAGCAGCAACAGCAGCAGCAGUCGCAGUCGCAGUCGUUGUCGUCUUUGUGAAGCGUCAAGCGCAAAAAAAAAAGAAAAGGAAAAAGUAAACGCCAAAACAAGAGAGUGAAAAACGUGCGUAAAAGUUAAUUAGCUGCCGCCAAGCAACGAGCAAAAGCAGAAGCGAGUGGAGGAGCAACAGCAGCAGCUGCUGCUCUAUACAAAUCGACAAUCGACAUUGUUGUUGUUGUGUUUAUUAUUGUUGUUGCUGUUCUUGUGGUUUUUGCACCCACCACACGUAACUAGAGCAGCAGCCACUAUACACACACACACACAUACACACACACACAGGCACACAAAUACACAUACUCACACAUACACACACACACACACACCCCUACAUAUAAACACUCCAGGCUAGACUUCGUAGUAGAUGCGUGCGUGCCACAACAAAAUUGGAAAUGAUUUGUCCAAAAGACGUCCUACAGUGGUUUAAGACUCUGGAGAGCUAUAAUCGCAUCGAUACCAUGUGUUCACUGUUCGAGGCAUGCCUGCCGUUUGAGUUGCGCUUUCUGGGCACUUGUCUGGAGGAGCUCGGUCGGCGUGAUUCACCUGAAUUGCGGGGCAUGGAGUUGCGCGCCAAUAAUCCGCAGGAUUUGGCUGCCGACAUGUAUAAUUGCCAGAAGGGCGAGCCAACAGAUAAGAAGAUUCGCCGCAAGAUGGCGCUCUAUUUGGCGCUUAUACGUGCCUGCAAUCGGAAUUGUGUGAGCGAAAUCUUUCGCACUCUCGAAUGCUGGGGGGAACGCGAUUUUGCCAGCAUUAACGAUCAGGAUACGUUCCUGGAGCUGCUACUCGUCUAUACAAUGGCUGCAAAACAUCCGGUCUUCUCCUAUCAUCAGAACACCAAAUGCGGCGAAAUACUGGCCAAGAUUAAGGAAAUCAAGCGUAUGGCGGAUGAAUCAACGCAAAUCAUAAACCAACAGCAGCAGCAACAGCAGCAACAGCAACAACAGCAACAACAGCAACAACAGCCACAACAGUCACAGGCGGCGCAUCCACAGCACUUGCUUCAGCAGCAGCAGCAGCAGCCACCGCCGCCGCCUUUUCAUCAUCCCAUGGUGCAAAUGAUGCAAUCGCAGCCGGUAAACCCGCCCAUACUGUUCCCACAGCCUUGGACCAAGCUAAUGUCCGGCGCAGACGUGGACGGCAUGCAGCAUUUGAUGCAAUCCAAUAUCACCAUUCCAGACACAAAUGCCAUUGCGGCAGCCAACGCUUGGUGUAUGCGCAACAUGUAUGCAGUGCCACCGCCGCCACAGCCACAAAGCUUGGAUCAUCAGGUGCCGCCGCAAGCCAGCUCGCCCAUGCUAAGCAGCCAGCAGUCAUCGCCGUCAAGCAGUCGCACCACCAGUCCUCAGCGUGAACGCGGCAGUAGUGCUCCACUGCAGCAGCAACAACAACAACAACAACAGCAGCAACAGCUGCGCAGCUUGCCACAACGUUUGGCGGCCGGCAUCAAGCAUACGCGUCGCCCCUCUGUGGAGACAACGCCACCGCCAACGUCAACGUCCGUUGGCAGCGUAGACGCCAAUUUGACGUCGCAGCACGUCAAGCAUUUCGACGAGGGCAUCAGUGAAGGCGGCGGCAACAGCCUGUCCAGUAUUAUACGCAACGCAAGUUAUCCACGUGUGGCACAUCAGCGUAUCAAUGCGAAUGCGUAUAUGCCCUCACACCAGCAGCAGCAACAGUCGCCGGUAAGUCAAGAUGCACAGCAGCAGCAGCAGCAGGCGCAUUAUCAGAUGAACAGCUAUAUCAAACCGAGCACACUUGCCCAGACGAUGCAUAAUAUGCAUAUAAAUGAUGAUGGCAGCGGUUCGACGCGUAUGAAUUCUAGUAAAAGUGCAGCCACGACCAGCAGCGAGUCCGGCUGCUCGAAUGGUUCGUGCGGCGAGACAACGCCACCGGAAACGCCCACGCCCACGCUGACCAACCAUACAGUGGGCAUCAGUUAUCAGCAGCAGCAGCAACAGCAACAGCAAAAGCAUCAUCUUAGCAACAAGCAGCAGCAGCAGCAGCUCAGCCUGCAGCAGCGCCUGAAUGGGCGCAACGGUGUGGAAAAGAGCUAUCAGCAAAUCUAUGCGACGAGCAAUCCCAGCGAGGCUCCGACAUUGCAGCAGCAGCAGGCGCUGCUCAUAAGUCCGUCUGCAGUUAAUGCGCCGACAACAACAGUGCUGCUGCAGCCACAACAGCAGCAGCAGCAGCAACAACAACAGCAACAACCGCAGCAACCACCGCCAACAGCCGCAGCGUACAAUACAGCCACAUAUUCAUAUCAUACGGCAAGCGGACGUGGACCGCCACCGACGUUGAUAAAGGCGCAUCAUGCGCCGCCGCCGCAUACGCUGCACAGUUCCUUUCGGUUUUCGUUGCCACCGCCGCAUAACAGUGAGCUAAUAUAUCCGGCAUAUCAUGCCGGCCUGGCGUACCCGCCUGUGCCCGUUACAGCGACGCCAGCGGGCGCGCCCCCUUCCGUUGUAACGGCGGCACAAUUGGGCCGCAAUUCGGCGGCGGUCAUCAGCACGAAUGCGGUCACAGUGCAAACGCAAACGCCCGCCCCUCAGCAGCAACAGUUGCUGGCCGCAACGGUUGCCGCAUCGCCAUACAGCACGCUCACUGUUUGUCCCAUAACCGGAGCGAGCAGCGGUGUCGCCCAGAAGAUCAUCUCCUGCUAUAAUUGCGGCUCACAGACGCACAGCGGCCGGGACUGCCAGGAGGCCUCCAUGGAGGAUGUGACGCGCAGUGCCAACUACAAGCUGGACUAUAGUACAUCCAACAAUCCAGGCAGCAUGGAUGGCCCCAAUCUAACGGAACACAAGGAUGUUGGCAAUAUGCUUAAGAAUGUGCCAGCGACGACGCCAACGGCAACAGCAGCGGCAUUGACCAGCAUGGGCAAAUAAGCCAUGUAUAUUAAAAACACAGACACCCCCUCCCCACACACACACACCUACACUCACACACAUAUAUAUAUAUAUAUAUAAUUAAUACAUAUAUAUAUAAUUAAUACUUAUUGUAAUUCUUAACUACUUACACAAUUGAACAUUUAUAGCGUUUGUAAAAGUGCGGAAAUCAAAUUUCACGCCUUUAGCCACGUCUCUUAGUUUAAGACAUUUUUGCAAAUUGCGUUAGCCAGAACAAGUCGCCUAUAACUAAAAAAAAAAAAACAAAAAGAUGAAAAUAACAAAAAAAAAUUACAAAACAAUUAACAACCUUGCAGAUCACAGGGAAAUU